GUCAAGGUGUAUGAAGUGUGGGAAGGAGUACGAGGCAGAUCCAUUUCUUAAUAGCGCCAAUGCUAUGAAUGUUCAUAUGCGAAAGGGUUGUGAUGACAAAAAAAGGUACUACUCAACAACUAUUGAACUCAGGAAAAACUGGGGUAGAAGGUGAGGGUACUUUAACAAACUGGAGGUUUGAUCAAGAAGCUACUAGAAAGGGUUUAGCAUACAUGCUCAUUGUUGAUGAAAAACCGUUCAAGUUUGUUGAUGGGAUGGGGUUUAAGUACUUCAUGUCGCUAUGCUGCCCUAUGUUCAAUAUUCCUUCUAGAAGAACAAUCACUAGGGACUUUUUUGCCUUCUAUACUGAGAUGAAAGACAAGUUGAAAAGGUUUUUUCAAAGUUGUGAAAGAAGAAUUUGUUUGACUACUGAUGCAUGGACUUCGAAUAAGCAAGAUAGUUUUAUGUGCUUAACUGCCCACUUUUUUACCAAGAUUGGAAAUUGAUAAAGAAGAACAUCAAUUUUGGGGAACUUAAAGAUCAUAAAGGUGUAGACAUUGUUGAUGGCAUUGUUGCUUGUUUGGAUGAUUGGGGGAUUGACAAGGUCUUCACAAUAACUGUUGAUAAUGCUAGCUCUAAUGACACAGUUGUAGCCAAAUUGAAGGAAGUUUUUAAUACUAGAGGGACUAGUAUUUGUGAUAGUUCAUUCCUUCACAUGAGAUGUGUGGCUCACAUUUUAAAUUUGGUUGUGUCUGAUGGGCUUGGAGAUAUUUCCCCAUUGGUGAAGAUAAUUAGAGAAGUUGUGAGGUUUAUUAGAAACUCACCAGAAAGGUUGAAAAAAUUUAAUGAGUUUGCCAAAGUUCAAAAAGUAGAAGGCAAACGUGGCUUGUGUCUUGAUGUUCCUACUAGAUGGAACUCGACAUUCUUGAUGUUGCAGGCUGCUGAGAGGUUUGAAAAGGUGUUUAAGAUGUUUGACAUGUAUGACGAUCAUUUUCGAAAGGACUUGGAAAGCAGGAAGGAUAGACAUGGCAUAAUUGGGGUCCCAUAGAAGGAUGAUUGGGAGAAUGCAAGGAGGAUGAUGGGAUUUCUUGGUAAGUUCUAUGACUUCACUUUGAAGAUCUCGGGCUCAAGGUAUACCACUUCUAACUUGUUCUUACAAGAGGUGCAUUCCCUAUAUCAUUUGAUACACAAGUGGGAGACUGAAGCUGAGAAAGAUUAUGACUUGAGUGUCAUGGCUAGCAAGAUGAAAGUAAAGUACGAGAAGUAUUGGGGAGAUGUGAAUAAAAUGAACAAGCUACUUUACAUCUCCACUGUUAUGGAUCUGAGGUACAAGUUGGGUUUUGUUGACUAUGCUUUGAAAAGGGUGUAUCCUGAGGAUGGUAAGGGAGGACGUAUGGAGGAAGAUGUGAAUAAGGCUACAUUUGCUCUAUUUGCUCACUAUGAACAGCUUUGGAAAUCAAAGCAAUCUAAGAAUGCCUCUACUUCUUUGGCUCCAACUGUGGAGGAGUGUGAUGUUGAUGAGAUUGAUGUACUUGCUGAAUACAAAAAACAUAGAGAGCAAAUUGUAGGGGCGGUAAACAAAUCUGAGCUUGAGAAAUACCUUCGUGAGGAAGACGAGCCAAUGGUGCUCAAGUUUGAUGUUCUAGGUUGGUGGAAAGUUAACAGCUUGAGGUUUCCAACACUUUCAUUGAUGGCUAAAGAUGUUCUAGCGGUACCUAUCUCUACCGUUGCAUCCGAAUCUGCCUUUAGCGCUGGUGGGAGGAUUCUAGAUGGUUUCAGAAGUUCAUUGACUCCUAAGAUAGUGGAUGCUUUAAUUUGUAACUCGGAUUGGAUACGUGGUGAUUCUGCACCACCAUCAGUCGAGGAGGAUCCAAAAGAGGUUGAGAAAAUAGAUGAAGAAUUGGACAAGUUGAUGAAUGCAAUCUCCAUAAGAGAUAAUCUUGUUUCAUCUACCUCGACUUCCAAUGUACCAAGUUUAAGUGGAAGGAGGAACGAUGGUAGUGCAUCUGGUAGUGCUUGUGGUGAUAAUUCCGAUGUUUCUAUGCAUGAUUGAUGACUUUAGAGGUAAGAAGUUUAGAUUUUAUUCUACUUGACUAUCUGUAAUUAGCUCUAUACAUAUUAAUCACUAACCAUCAUUGUUUCAUGUUUAUUGUAUAAUUUUCAAUUUAAAAGGUGUCAAUUGACCAAGAUUGGUGAAGAGCCAAGAAGCAGGACCUUAGAGUUUGUAAAAGUUAUGCUUGGAAUUUAGACAAUGGCUACCUUUCUUUUGUUAGUUUGAAUUUAAAACUAUUUGUAUUGUAAUGAAUGGUUCUAAACAGG